AUGGCAACUGAGCCAGCCAAUUCAACUGUCCCACUUCUUAACCGGCGACUGGGCCGUCAGUCAUCACUAUCUAUACUUCUCAGCCGUGUCACCGGCCGUGGCGGCGGCGGCGGCGCGUUAGUGCGCGAGACGGCGGCGCGUGAGCUGGACGAGCGACGCGCCGACUGGGGCUACUCGAAGCCGGUGGUGGCUUUAGACAUGAUGUGGAAUUUGGGGUUUGUGAUUGUCUCUGUUGUGGUUUUGUGUUGUGCAGUUGAUGAGGAACCGAAUGUACCGAUUAGGGUUUGGAUUUGUGGGUAUGGGUUGCAGUGUGUAGUGCAUGUUGUGCUUGUUUGGUUGGAAUAUAAUAGGAGGAGUUCUCAAGGGGCAAUAUUGGAAGAAGGAAAUAGUGAUAGUGAAGAGAGGAAUAAUGAGGUUUUGGGUAUUGAUAAUCAGUCAAGUGUUGCUAAACGAUGUGAAUAUGUGAAUACAAUGGGAUCACUUCUUUGGUGGAUAGUUGGCUUUUACUGGAUAGUCUCUGGUGGUGAAAUUCUUUUACGGGAUGCCCCGCGUCUAUAUUGGUUGGCAGUUGUAUUUCUAGCAUUCGAUGUAUUCUUUGCCAUCUUUUGUGUUGCUUUGGCAUGUCUGAUAGGAGUUGCUCUUUGUUGCUGCUUGCCUUGCAUAAUUGCAGUACUCUAUGCAGUGGGCCAGGAAGGUGCAUCGGAUGAAGAUCUCAGAGUUCUCCCCAAAUAUAGAUUCCAUCUCUGCAAGGAUGAGGAGAAACCAAGUGUUGGGGCUGGUAGGAUGGUACCAAUGGAGACAAGCAGCGGAUACUUGGCCACUGAGCGUAUUCUUUUACCCGAUGAUGCAGAAUGUUGUAUAUGUCUUAGCUCGUACGAGGAUGAGGCAGAACUCCAUGCUCUUCCCUGUAAUCAUCAUUUCCACUCCACUUGCAUCGUGAAAUGGCUUAAGAUGAAUGCAACAUGUCCGUUAUGCAAGUACAACAUCCUGAAGGGGAAUGAACAGGUUUAGAGCAAAGGAGAAUGAAAAACAAUGUACCAUUGAUUCGAGUUAUUGAAGCUGCCUGUGGAAAUUGGAAAUGCUGCUUGCCGAAUCCAUAUCAAAACAACUAGUUGAGCUUCCUCUCAUGUUCACUGAGCGUAUUGGAGAUCUUUUCUGUAGUGAAUUGUCUUCAGUUAUUAUAAAAAAAAUGUAGCAACCGCCCACCCCCAAAAAAUUAAGAAAGAAGAGGUUGGUCCUUGGCCCAACUCAUGUAAAUUAUCUUGACUGUAUUUUUUUCCAUGAGGUGUAUAGCUAAAUCUUGUAAGUACAUGUUUUUUUCUUGUGCGUGGUUACAUCUCCAGGAUA